CGUUUUAUUCCGUCCACUUUUUCUUCACCGGUCAAGCCAAGCGGCAGCUCUGAAAAUGGCGCUGUCUUUUCUGAUGUGAAAAAAGUUAAAUCCAAGCGCAUCAAUAUUAAAAUGUGUCAAUUCAUUGAAUAAAAUAGUAAAAGUGCAAUUGUGUUGAGUUUUACAAGUACAGCUUCAUCAUGUACUUGUAUAAUUUGACGCUGCAGAAGGGCACCGGCGUCACGCACGCGGUGCACGGCAACUUCUCGGGCGGCAAGCAGCAAGAGGUGCUGUUGUCACGUGGCAAGUCGCUGGAACUGCUUCGUCCCGAUCCCAAUACCGGAAAAGUUCACACGCUCAUGUCUACGGAAAUAUUCGGCUGCAUACGUGCACUGAUGGCCUUUCGUCUGACGGGCGGCUCAAAAGACUAUAUCGUUGUGGGUUCUGACUCUGGUCGCAUUGUUAUUCUGGAGUACAUUCCCAGCAAGAAUGCGCUGGAGAAAGUGCACCAGGAGACCUUUGGCAAGUCCGGAUGUCGCCGCAUUGUGCCGGGUCAAUACUUUGCCAUUGAUCCCAAAGGUCGUGCAGUGAUGAUUGGAGCCGUGGAGAAGCAAAAGUUGGCCUACAUCAUGAAUCGCGAUACACAGGCACGACUCACCAUAUCCUCGCCACUGGAAGCACACAAGUCAAACACACUGACUUACCAUAUGGUUGGUGUGGACGUUGGCUUUGAUAAUCCCAUGUUUGCAUGUCUGGAAAUCGACUAUGAGGAGGCUGACUUGGAUCCAUCUGGUGAUGCAGCUCAGCGCACACAACAAACGCUCACAUUCUACGAGUUGGAUCUUGGCUUGAACCACGUGGUUCGCAAAUACUCUGAACCAUUGGAAGAGCAUGCCAACUUCUUGGUUUCUGUACCCGGUGGCAAUGACGGACCUUCGGGUGUGCUCAUUUGCUCGGAGAACUAUCUGACGUAUAAGAACUUGGGCGAUCAGCAUGACAUACGCUGUCCUAUACCGCGUCGUCGCAAUGAUCUGGAUGAUCCGGAACGUGGCAUGAUCUUUAUAUGCUCUGCAACACAUCGCACCAAGAGCAUGUACUUCUUUCUGCUGCAAACCGAGCAGGGUGAUAUCUUUAAGAUCACCCUAGAGACUGAUGACGAUGUGGUGUCGGAGAUCAAGCUGAAGUACUUUGAUACUGUGCCGCCAGCGACGGCAAUGUGUGUCUUGAAGACAGGCUUUCUAUUUGUAGCCAGUGAAUUUGGCAACCAUUAUCUGUAUCAGAUUGCACAUCUGGGCGAUGACGAUGAUGAGCCCGAGUUCAGCUCUGCCAUGCCAUUGGAGGAGGGUGAAACAUUCUUCUUUGCUCCACGUGCUUUGAAGAAUCUCGUCUUGGUCGAUGAGUUGCCCUCGUUUGCACCUAUUAUCACCUCACAGGUGGCUGACUUGGCAAACGAGGACACACCACAGCUGUAUGUGCUUUGUGGUCGUGGUCCACGCUCAACACUGCGUGUUCUGCGUCAUGGCCUCGAGGUAUCCGAGAUGGCCGUCUCUGAGCUGCCCGGUAAUCCAAAUGCCGUUUGGACUGUCAAGAAACGUGUUGAUGACGAGUUCGAUGCCUAUAUCAUUGUAUCCUUCGUGAAUGCCACGCUGGUUCUGAGCAUUGGUGAAACCGUUGAGGAAGUAACGGACAGUGGCUUCCUAGGCACAACACCUACAUUGUGUUGUGCCGCAUUAGGCGAUGAUGCUCUGGUCCAAGUCUAUCCAGAUGGCAUUCGUCAUAUACGUUCCGAUAAGCGCGUGAAUGAAUGGAAGGCUCCGGGCAAGAAAUCGAUUACCAAAUGCGCUGUCAAUCAACGUCAGGUGGUGAUUACGCUCUCUGGUCGUGAGUUGGUCUACUUUGAAAUGGAUCCGACUGGCGAGUUGAACGAGUAUACGGAACGAUCGGAAAUGCCUGCAGAGAUCAUGUGCAUGGCUCUGGGCACAGUGCCUGAAGGCGAGCAGCGUUCCUGGUUCUUGGCUGUUGGCCUUGCUGAUAAUACUGUGCGCAUUCUCUCACUGGAUCCAAAUAACUGCCUGUCGCCGUGCUCCAUGCAGGCUUUGCCCUCGCCAGCCGAGUCAUUGUGUUUGGUCGAGAUGGGACACACGGAGAGCACCACAACAGCUGGCGGUGUGGAUGAUGAUGUGCCCGCUCAACGCAGCGGUGGCAGCAAUAAAGGCACCAUCUAUCUAAAUAUUGGAUUAAGCAAUGGCGUCUUGCUGCGCACUGUGCUGGAUCCCGUCUCUGGGGAUUUGGCGGAUACGCGAACACGUUACUUGGGCUCGCGUCCGGUGAAGCUGUUCCGCAUCAAGAUGCAGGGCUCAGAGGCCGUGCUGGCCAUGUCCAGCCGCACCUGGCUAUCGUAUUACCAUCAGAAUCGAUUCCAUUUGACGCCACUGUCUUAUGAGACGCUGGAGUACGCCUCGGGCUUUUCCAGCGAGCAGUGUAGUGAGGGUAUUGUGGCUAUUUCCACAAACACGCUGCGGAUCUUGGCACUCGAGAAACUGGGCGCUGUCUUCAACCAGGUGGCUUUUCCGCUGCAGUACACGCCGCGUGCAUUUGUCAUACAUCCAGAUACGGGACGUAUGCUGAUUGCCGAAACGGAUCACAAUGCGUACACCGAGGACACAAAGAGUGCACGCAAGGAGCAAAUGGCCGAGGAGAUGCGCAGUGCUGCAGGCGACGAGGAACGAGAGCUGGCCCGAGAGAUGGCGAAUGCAUUUAUCAAUGAGGUGCUGCCAGAGGAUGUGUUCUCUGCACCAAAAGCAGGAUUGGGACUGUGGGCAUCACAGAUACGCUGCCUGGAUGCCAUGCAAGGCCAGACGAUGUUCAAUGUGCCGCUGACACAGAACGAGGCUAUCAUGUCGAUGGCGUUGCUCAAGUUCUCGAUUGCGGCAGAUGGACGCUACUAUUUGGCAGUGGGCAUUGCCAAGGACUUGCAGCUGAAUCCACGUAUAUCUCAGGGCGGAUGCAUUGAUGUCUACAAAAUUGAUCCAACCUGCACAAGUCUGGAGUUUCUGCAUCGCACUGAGAUAGACGAGAUUCCCGGCGCAUUGUGUGGAUUCCAAGGGCGCUUGUUGGCAGGCUGUGGCCGUAUGCUGCGAAUCUACGAUCUGGGCAAGAAGAAGAUGCUGCGCAAGUGCGAGAAUAAACACAUUCCCUACCAGAUUGUCAACAUUCAAGCUAUGGGUCAUCGUGUCUAUGUCUCGGAUGUCCAAGAAUCGGUAUUCUUUAUACGCUAUCGUCGGGCCGAGAAUCAACUCAUCAUAUUCGCCGAUGACACGCAUCCUCGUUGGGUGACUGCGACUACUUUGCUGGAUUAUGAUACCAUUGCCAUAGCUGACAAGUUUGGCAACCUCAGCAUUCAACGUCUGCCGCAUUCGGUGACCGAUGAUGUCGACGAAGAUCCAACAGGCACCAAGUCGCUGUGGGAUCGUGGCCUGCUGUCGGGCGCCUCGCAAAAGUCGGAGAAUAUCUGCUCCUUCCAUGUGGGCGAGGUUAUCAUGUCGCUGCAGAAGGCUACGCUCAUUCCGGGUGGCUCCGAGGCUCUUAUCUAUUCCACAUUAAGUGGUACUGUUGGCGCCUUUGUACCGUUUACCAGUCGAGAGGACUAUGACUUCUUCCAGCACCUGGAGAUGCACAUGCGUAAUGAGAAUCCACCCCUAUGUGGUCGGGAUCAUCUGAGUUACCGCAGCUCCUAUUACCCGGUGAAGAAUGUCCUCGACGGCGACUUGUGCGAGCAGUAUCUGUCUAUUGAUGCAGGAAAGCAAAAGAGCAUUGCCGGCGACAUGUUCCGCACACCAAAUCAAAUCUGCAAGAAACUGGAAGACAUACGCACCCGCUAUGCAUUCUAAUAAGAAGCACUUUGGUUUCGCACAGAGCAUUAUCAACAUUUGUCUACAGUUUAUAAGCUCUAUUAACAAACAAGGGUAUUGCGGAUCUCUCUUUAAUGGACCACCUUAGAAACCACAAAAGUUUUUCUUUUGGGUGUGUUCUUCUGGGUUUCUUAAUAUAUUUUACAUACUAGUUUAAAUAUGUAAUUGGUAAUCUUUAGCUAUAGAUUGCACAUUAAUACAACAUACACAACCACUAAAUGACUGCCUAUUUAUAUUAGACUUAAUUGUAGCACAAAUUAAAGACAUUUGUGUUGCAUCUCUUAUUUAAUAUAUACUGUAGUUCCUUCCACCUCUCACUCCCCUCACUAUGUAAUUUAAGCAACAUUUUUAAACAAAAAUAAAUGAAGAAGAACAACUAAGAUUAGUGGA